UCUGAGGUGUUUUUCCAUCUCAAAGAUCCAUGCUUUCACCUUCUUUUGCAGAUGAGCAAGGGGGACCUCCCCAGCCUUGAUGGAAUCCACCAAUGCUUGGAGCUCCGAGACCCUCACUCUGUACUGCUUGAGCACCUGGGCUCCUUGUCAGAGCCGACACGACGCCUUCCUGUGGGGUAAUACUUACAGGGAGGCAGGAGUCGUUGUUGCGGGCGCAACGGCGGCGGGGGGGGCAGGGGAAGGACCGGACACGGACGAACCGACCGGCAGAAAGGACGACACCCCACUGCAAGGCACGGCGACUACCGCCGCGGCUGCAAGAGAAGCAGGAGGAGGAGGAGGAGGAGAUGUGACAAUGGGAGCGGUGCUCCCGCGGUCCGUCAACACCGCUGCCUCCACCUCCAAUCAAGCUUUCUUAGCAGCCACAGAGGCCGCAGCCGCAUCACAAAGACAUUUACUCACUAGAAAAUGUCAGAAUAAGCCCUUUAUUAUUCUUUAA